AUGAUAUCUAUGGGUGGCGGCAAGCCGAUAUUUAUCACAUCCAAGCGCGGCAACCAGCUGAUACUGCUCUCCGGCUACAAGUACUUCGUGAAGGCGAGCCACAGCGUAGGCAGAAUGACCAAGAGGCGGUGGAACUGCUCCACACACCACGCCAAGGGCUGCCGCGCUCUCCUGCACACAGCUAACGACACCAUCCUGAAGAUCAACGACCGGCACAACCACUCGCCCGUGUACAGAUUC